AUGACGAUGUCGGCGACGUCUCAUGCAGGCGCGCCGCAGAGCUACUCACGCCGCGGAUCGGACUCCAAGUACGAUGUGCUGAUUCCACACCAGGGCCGCAUUCGACCGCGGCGCGUCCGACUGGCACCUUUUGUUGAUAACACUCGUGCUGGCAGCGUUCUCGCCUACCUUGGCAUACCCUUUGCACAAGCCCCGACAGGGUUGCGCCGCUGGCAAGUCCCUCAAGGUCCGCUGCCGAGCUGGUCGACGACGAGAGCUUCAAAAUGGCAGGCGGAUCCACAUCAAGAUUUUGCUGCGAUGGAAGGAAUGUACCGCGGACGCAAGAACGCCAAGACAACGAUACAGCGUAGCGAAGAUUGCCUCUACCUGAACGUCUGGGUGCCAGAAAGCGAGACCGAUGACCAUGCAAAGAGACCGGUGAUGGUGUGGAUCUAUGGUGGUGCCUUCACCGUAGGCAAUUGCUCCAGACCGCUACACGACGGUGCGAGGCUGGCACACGAAAGCGGCUGCAUCAUCGUCUCGCUGACAUAUCGGGUUGGUGCUAUGGGCUUUCUCGGAGCACGAUCGAUGGCGAAAGAGACGGCGGGUGAUUGGCCGCUCGUGUCGUUGGAGUCGCUCGAGCGGAAGCCAGCGAGCGGGCCGACAAUCGAGGUCGGCGCUGGCAACUGGGGCUUAUGGGACCUCGUCAGCGGGCUUCUUUGGGUGCAAAGAUUCAUCUCUGCAUUUGGCGGCAACCCAAACAAGGUCACUGCAUUCGGCGAGAGCGCAGGAAGCAUUGCAAUUCACUAUCUGCUGCUGUCCCCGCUCACUCCUGAAGGUCUCUUCCACAAAGCGAUUCUCGAGAGCGGCGUCGUGGCUACACUUUUGCCGCGCACAACGCAAGCAGCGCAAGGAGCGUUCAACAAACUGGUACGCUCGCUUUGCCCAUACCAUCUCGAGGGCGAUGAGGCCGCGCAGCUCGAGUAUCUGCGGACCCGUGUCAGUGCCGAUGAGAUCGCAUCAUGUCUGCGACCUUUGGUAGGCAAGCGGCCCAGGUCCGAGUACACGCCGACGCUGCAGGACAUGGGUUGUCUUCCGCGAGCACGUGAAGAUGCUGGGGACGAGGGCUGCGGCGUGACGGAUCAGUGGGGACCUGUGUGGGACGGGGUCUUUGUGGACCGCGAUUUCGUCGCGAGGGCGUUGGAGCCUCUGCCACCUAGGAGCAAGUUGCGCAACGGCCGCAGCGGCGUCAUCGUGGGUAUGUGUGCAGAUGAAGGGACCAUGUUCAACUUUCUGAUUGCGACUGGGCAGUCGCUGGUAGCUCAUCAGGAUCUUUUCGAUCCCGGUUUGUCAACCGAUCUCGGUAGGCUGUACGGCUUCGACGUCCGCGAAUCGGUGUCCAGCAAGCGGAACGGACGCGAAAAGGCGCUGCUGGAUCAGCGGGCAUUCUACACGUGCGCCACCUACACGGGAGAUGCGCAGUUCACGGCUCCAAUUCUGGACUACAUGGCAGCUCAGAGUAGUCCCAAAAAUGACUCGAUGGGUCGAGAUGACAGCGUGAACGUCUACGGUUACCUUUUGGCGCACCGUCCCUCGUGGGACAUGCUGGAGGCGCUUACGACGGUACCGGAAAUGACGGAAGAGUGGGCAGCAUUCCACACGCUCGAUAUACCGUUUGUCUUUGGCCUGACUGGACGACCUGACCUGGACGGUCAUGCCUACGUGUCCGAUAUGUCCGAAUAUGGAGUGGAUCCGCACGACGAUGACGGCCAGGACGCGGCACCGCUGCCCUCUGCUUCGGGUCGUUCGAGGCUGAAUGGGAUGACGGAAAAGGAAAAGCACCUCAGCUUGUACAUGAUGCGAACAUGGACCGCGGUGGCUAAAUUUCCAUCAGAAGCUGAGGCUUCGAGCCAACAAUUGGAGCUCCCUGAUGGAUCGACGUGGACCUGCCUAGGCUCGAAUGCGCAGCAAGCUGGGAAGGAACAGAGCGGUGUCGACCAGAUCCAUCUGUUGGCGAUCGGUGAGGAGCCGCAAGCGCCAGCAAGGGCCAAAGCGACCGAUUCGGAAGAUCCGAUCCGCAUCUGGCAGACGAUCCUCUCGCAGCACGCCUUUGCACAGCAGCGAGCCGGUGACCACGUCGUCGCAAGCUUGGACGAUCGAGUGCGCUUUUGGAUGCACGAGCCCAUCACGGGCACCGCCUCGCCUCGUCACGAUGAGAGGGGCCAGUCUGGUCAGCUUCGGGUCUGCCGAGCCAUGCAAAAUUACUACGGCUUCCUCUCGACGCCUCCGCGCUUCCUGCCUUGGUCAUGA